AUGAGUACUACUUGUACAGAUACAUCAAAUGAAGAAUAUCAAAAUUUUUGGCUCGAUUAUUUUAUUUCAAUUGGUUAUAUUGAUAGUUCAGGCUCAUAUAAUUCUCAUGCACCAUAUGGCAAAUGUACAAGUUCAUUAUUAUGGAUAACAUAUUUAAUAAAUCUUGUUCAUUUUUUUCUUCUAUCAAGUGGUAUUCUUUAUCUAUUUAGUUUUCAUCAAAAUAAAAGUGGAAAUUGGUGGCCAUUUAUGACUUGGAUUUUAUCAUUCAUAUGUCUUAUUAUAGCUAUUAUUUUCUUUAUACUUUGGAAUUUAAAUAUAAAUGUAUUUUCAAUUCUAAUUAUUGCUUUUCAAUUAUCAACAUUGAUUAUUUUAUGGAUUUCAAUUUUUAUUGUCUUUCCAUUUGCAUUUACAAUUGAAUAUCGUUAUCAACGAUGUUUAUUCUUGUCUCUUAUUCUUUUACUUUUGAUUCAAAUCGGUUGUUUAAUAAUACAAACUCUCAUUACAUUACAUUGUAUUUUUAAUCUCAAAUUUGUCUCUACAUCUUUGGAUUAUGGUUAUUGGUCAGCAAUCAUUGCUGCUAUUGGUACAAUUGUUUCAACUCUUUUAUUAGAUCAUAUUUUCAUUUGGUGUCGAAAUCAACAAGGACCAACAAGAGUUAGUCCUGUAUCACCAAAUCAAUCGAUUCAUCGACCUACAUCACCUCUUGAUCCAGCAGUAUUGGCCGAUUUUCAGCGUCAUUCAGAAGCACGUUUACAUCAUAUUUACAGUAAUAAAGAUGGAACAAGGCAUUUUCGUAUUAUACCCGGAAAGCAACAUCCGAAUGGUGCCCGAACAAGUGUAGCAAGAAUACGAAGUCUUGGUAGCAGGACCGAUGAACAUAAAUUAUAA